AUGGAUAACUGCGCUGUAUCCAGCUCUUCUCCUUAUGACGUUUUGAUAUACUCGGGCAGACGACGCGAUGCCGUUGCGCACUCCUCGAUACGAUCCUCCUUUGACCAGCAGCCCAGCUUCGGAACCACGCGCAACUCCAAAAAAGGGCUUCGUAGCCUUCGAUUUCGACCAUCGCCAAUCAAAGAAGUCAAGUCCUUCCAGUCGAAACCGCCCCAGUCGAUACCUAACAGCAGCCGAUCGAGCAAGACGAGCAAGACGAGCACCGCGACGCAUUCGGACGGAGAUGGAGACGCCGACACCGACGCGGGCACUUACGCAAAUACGGACACGGAGGGAACCUGGACCGCGGCCAGCACACCAGAGUCUCAGCGCGGCUUCAUCGAUCUCGAGGCUGGAUGCGGGACAUGGCCAGAGCAGAUCCGCCCUGUGCCGUUUUGGCGCCGGGCCCGGGGACAGCUGUUUCGAUCCAGGGUGGAAUCCAAAAUCCGGCAUCCGGAAAGCUGCAGAGACGUCGGCUAUCAAGUCCGCCCCGGGUUUCCCCUGCUCAAGCUUUUCUGCUGGAUAGCCCUGUUCUUCAUCUAUCAACUCGUGUUGCGUAUCGUGCUCGAUGAAGGCGUGUGCAACUCGUCAGACUGGCAUACGGGCAAUGGCGAGGUCUUGGACUCUAUCGUAGCUUGGGGCACUGCAGUUCUGGCGGGAUCAGCAGCUUUUCUAAUUGGCCAGGGCUACUUUGGGUUGCGAGCGACGAGGGAGAGAAUGGAGCGUGUCCGACAAACCGCCGCCACCUUGGCGUACGCCUUUAUCAAAGCCAUGAGCGUACCUGGCGGAGGCCACUCGCAAGGCGAAUUGCCUCUAACGGUGUACGAAUGUUUGGCGCUGCUCACGGCAUAUCCGGUCGCGCUUCUACACCAAAGAUCCACGACGGCGUAA